AUGCUUCCUGUCCGCGGCGCACGACAGCAUCUUGGGAAUCUGUCGCUCGUGCCACAACACCGAGCAUCCGUUGCGAUUCUUCCGGCUGCCUGGUCACUUGCACGGUACACGGCAGCGUCUCUACAUUGCUCAGCUUUGACAGCUCGCGCCACUAGCUCCCUGCGAGCUCGUCGCACAUAUAAGCCGCGCUUCCUCCCGCCUUCCGAAACCCCACCUCUCACGGCUCGCCCAGGCCUGAGACACUCGUCGAGAAGAGAAGCACAAGCACGCAACAUGCCGGAAGCGCUGGGAAGGAGUCUUGGUUCGCGGCAGCGGAUCGAAGACCUAGAGCGACCGCAGCUCGACGACCGCUCGUACCGCAUCAUCACGCUGCAGAACCAGCUGGAAGUGCUUCUGAUACACGAGGCUGGCACAGACAAGGCCAGCGCCGCCCUGGAUGUCAACGUAGGGAGCUUCAGCGAUGCACCCGACAUGCCCGGUAUCGCGCAUGCGGUAGAGCACUUGCUCUUCAUGGGCACCGAAAAGUACCCGGAAGAGAACGCCUACAACAAGUACUUGACCAGCCACGGUGGGUACUCAAAUGCCUUUACUGCUGCCACGUCUACAAAUUACUAUUUCGAACUUUCGUAUCCCUCCUCUACGCCCACCAACAGCAAAGCUCCCACCCCAAAUGCUUCGCAAAUAAACUUGCCAGAGUCCAAGGAUGACUCGCCCCUCUGGGGUGGGCUCGACCGCUUUGGCCAAUUCUUCAUUAGCCCCCUCUUCCUCGAAGACACCGUAGAUCGAGAGCUUAAGGCUGUCGACUCAGAGAACAAGAAGAACCUCCAAAAUGACACCUGGCGGCUGCACCAGCUCAACAAGGCCCUCGCAAAUCCAGAGCAUCCCUACAACCAUUUUUCAACCGGAAGCUACAAGACUCUGCAUGACGAUCCCAUCGCGCGCGGUGUGAAGAUUCGAGAUGAGUUCAUCAAGUUUCACUCAACCCAGUAUUCCGCAAACAGAAUGAAGUUGGUCGUCCUAGGUCGAGAGAGCUUAGAUACCUUGGAGGAGUGGGUAGAAGAGGUCUUCGCUAAAGUUCCGAAUAAGGAUUUGGGCCGCAAUCGUUGGGAUAUACCGGUCUAUACGAAGAACGAACUUUUGACGCAGACCUUCGCCAAACCCGUCCUGGAGUCUAGGUCACUCGAUCUUCAAUUCGCCUAUCGUGACGAGGAGGAAUUUUACGAAUCCCAUCCGUCAAGGUAUCUUAGCCAUUUGAUUGGUCACGAAGGUCCGGGUAGUAUCCUCGCACACGUCAAGGCAAAGGGCUGGGCAAAUGGUCUAGGCGCUGGAGGGUCUUCGCUCUGUCCUGGCUCAGGGCUGUUCAGCAUCAAUGUCAAGCUGACAGAGGAGGGCUUGAAAAACUACAAAGAAGUUGCUAAGCUUAUAUUCCAGUACAUUGGCUUGAUCAGGGAUCAGCCGCCUCAGGAGUGGGUAGUUGAAGAGCAGAUGCGGAUAAGUGAGGUGGAAUUCCGGUUUAAACAGAAGAGUCCUCCAAGCCGAACCGCUAGUUCUUUAGCAGGUAUUAUGCAGAGACCGUACGAUCGCAAAAAGCUUCUAAGCGGCCCGGCUAUUAUCAAGAAGUUCGAUGCCACCCUUAUCAGUGAGGCCAUGUCGUUCUUACGACCGGACAACUUCAGAAUGACAAUUGUUAGCCAAGAUUUCCCGGGUGGGUGGGACCAGAAGGAAAAAUGGUAUGGGACCGAGCACAAGGUCGAACGGAUACCCGACGACUUUCUUGCCGAGAUUAAAGAAGCAUUCGAGUGCAAGAGCAGGCCCGCGGAAUUGCACUUCCCUCACAAGAACGAAUUUAUUCCUAGCCGACUAGACGUAGAGAAGAAGGAUGUGGAGAAGCCGACGAAGACACCGAAGCUCAUCAGGAAUGACGAGAAUGUGCGCAUCUGGUGGAAAAAGGACGACCAAUUCUGGGUACCCAAAGCCAACGUACACAUCUACUUCCGAACCCCUAUAACGCACGUAACGGCGCGUGUUACUCUACUAUGUACGCUGUAUCGCGAGCUUGUCAAUGAUGCCUUGGUCGAGUACUCCUACGAUGCUGACAUCUCCGGCUUGGUCUACGACUUUACCAACCACAUUAGUGGCCUGUCUAUCACUGUCAGCGGUUACAAUGACAAGCUCCAUGUCUUGCUGGAAAAGGUUUUGCUUCAGGUGCGAGACCUUGAGGUUCAACAAGAUCGCUUCAAGGUUAUCCACGAUCGGAUGACGCGCUCUCUGCGCAACUGGGAUUACGGACAGCCUUUCCACCAGGUCGGAACCUACUCACGGCAAUUCAAGAGUGAGAAAAGCUUCAUGAACGAGGAGCUUUCGAAAGAGCUAGAAGGCGUGACUGCACAAGAUGUGCGGCAAUUCUACCCUCAGAUCCUCGCACAAUGCCAGAUCGAGGUUCUUGCCCAUGGGAACUUGUACAAAGAGGAGGCUCUGAAGAUUACAGAUCUCGUGGAGCGGACGAUGAAGCCGAAGAAGCUACCAGCCAGCCAGCUGCCCAUCCGACGAAAUCUAAUUCCACCAGCAGGCAGCAACUUCAUCUACGAGAAGCAGCUGAAGGAUCCUGCGAACGUGAAUCACUGCAUCGAAUACAGUUUGUAUACCGGCAACCGCUAUGACAACAACAUGCGGGCUAAAUUAUUGCUCCUUGGACAAAUGACGGAUGAGCCUUGCUUCAAUCAGUUACGCACGAUUGAGCAGCUUGGCUAUGUUGUCUUCUCAGGCUCCACCUUUGCCGACAUCUGGGCUGGGUAUCGCAUCUUGAUCCAGAGUGAGAAGGACUGCCGUUAUCUCGAAGGUCGCAUCGAGAACUUCUUGAACACAUUCGAGGUGACGUUGCAGGAUAUGAGCGAGGCAGACUUUGAGAGCCACAAGAGGGCUAUCAUCAACAAGCGCUUGGCGAAGCUGAAGAAUCUGUCGCAAGAAGACAACAGGAUUUGGAAUCAUAUUUAUAGCGACUCCUAUGAUUUCUUACAAGCCGACGUGGACGCCGAGACCAUUGAGAAGCUCUCAAAAAAGGACAUGACUGAUUUCUACGCCCAUUACGUUUCCACCUCGUCAUUCCAACGCGCUAAGCUGUCCGUUCACCUUCAAGCACAGGCCAAGCCCAAAGAAGCCACCCUUGACGAGAAGAAGACAUCCGCUGUGGCAGCGCUCAAGAUCAUACUUACCGAACACAAAAUCACACCCAACGAUGAUGCACUGCAGCCACGUAUCAGUAAGGUUGCCUCUGCCGAAGCGAUCCCUGAUGCCCUCUCUGGCUACCUGUAUGAAGACUUGAAUCUCAAGAAGGAUGUUGCCGAUAUGGUACUUGAUGAGGCCAAGGCGGCGUUGGGCAUUGCGGACUCUGGCUUGCCAGCAGAACCACAGGCUCUGGAAGAGGUGAAGGAUAUAGAGAGCGUGCUGGAUGCAUUGCAACCCGUUCUCAUCAAGGACGUCCAUGCUUGGAAGGCAAGCAUGCAAGUCAGUAGCGGCGUGCGCCCGACCAAGAACCUGGAGGAGUUCAUCGAGGUUGCGGAGAAGUUAUAA